CUCAUGUGAUCGUUGUGGAUCAGGACGAUGCGUUUCUUCGGUGUUUUGUCCGUUUGUUUACUCCUGAUCGGUUGCUGUGUUUGUCAAUAUCAGCCUACGUGGGAAUCAAUUGAUUCAAGACCUGUACCGGAAUGGUUCGAUCAGGCCAAAUUUGGGAUUUUUAUCCACUGGGGAGUGUUUUCAGUUCCCAGCUUUGGCAGUGAAUGGUUCUGGUGGUUCUGGCAGGGACAGAAAUGGCCGUCUUAUGUGAAGUUUAUGGAGCAGAACUAUCCUCCCGGCUUCACAUAUACAGAUUUUGCUCCUCAGUUUACGGCUGAAUUCUUUGAUCCCAACGAGUGGGUGGACAUCUUUGCUUCGUCUGGCGCCAGAUAUAUUGUCCUCACAACCAAGCAUCAUGAAGGCUUCACGAUGUGGGGCUCCAAGUACUCGUGGACGUGGAAUGCAGUUUCAGUCGGACCGAAGCGGGAUCUGGUGAACGACAUCGCCACUGCUCUGCGCACACGCACUGACCUGCGGCUCGGCCUCUAUCACUCACUGUUCGAGUGGUUUAAUCCCAUGUUCAAAUCUGAUUCUGACAAUAAGUUCAAAACCAACGUGUUUCCCACUGCAAAGACCCUGCCUGAGCUCUACGAACUCAUCAACACGUACAAACCAGACCUGCUGUGGUCUGACGGAGACGGAGAUGCACCCGAUCAGUACUGGAACAGCACUGGCUUCCUCGCAUGGCUUUACAAUCAGAGCCCUGUACGUGAAACUGUUGUGACCAAUGACCGCUGGGGUUACGGCUCUAUCUGCAAUCAUGGUGGAUAUUACACCUGCACUGACCGCUAUAACCCAGGCCACCUGGUGAAGCACAAGUGGGAAAACUGCUUGAGUAUCGACCAGAGAUCCUGGGGCUACAGGAGAGAAGCCAAACUCAGUGAUUACCUGAGCACUGAGCAGCUCAUAGCAUCUCUGGUAGAAACGGUGUCCUGCGGGGGGAAUCUGCUGUUGAAUGUUGGUCCCACUCAUGACGGUCGCAUCGUGCCCAUAUUUGAGGAGCGUCUGCGUCAGAUGGGUCAGUGGCUGAAGGUGAACGGAGAGGCCAUUUACAACAGCAGCGCAUGGAGAGUCCAGAACGACACCGCCACUCCUGGAGUUUGGUAUACAAUGAAUAAGCAGAGCGGUGCCAUCUAUGCUAUUUUCCUUUCAUGGCCCAGUGACGGCAUUGUUGUUCUGACUGAUCCUGUGGUGUCUGCAGCCAAGACUCAGGUGGCGCUGCUGGGCUCUGGGUCAGUGACAUGGCAGUCGACAACUCCCACAGGUCUGAAGGUCAAGCUUCCUCCACUGACCCCCAGUCAGAUGCCCUGGUCCUCAGCCUGGACCCUGCGGCUCACCGGAGCACAGUGAAGUCUGCAGAAAACAGCCUCCUCACUGGGAUAUAAAGCGUAGAGCUGCUCCGCUGCGUUACUAAAUGUUGAGAAGGGAAGAUUUUCACCUGGAUGGUAACUCUUGCACUAGAGAUAAUGCACAACAGGUUCAUUUGAUUACAUUGUUAGUUAAUUAUUUGUUUUGCUGUGCUUUUUUUGUCAAAUAAUUUCUUUUUAUGAAUCAGUUUUUAUUAUUUUUUAUCUUAAACAUACGGGUGAAUGAAGAAAAUGAGUUAUAGAAAUACGUUUUGAAUAUGAAUUCAGGUGUCUUUUGAUGGUUGUUGAUUCAUUUAUGUGUUUGCAAAUUAGUAUCUGCUUAAAUGAUGGAUUGUUAUUAGUAUAGUAGGGGUUUAAUGUUUCACACAAUCAAAUUUUUAUAUAAUGGCUCAGAUAAGUUUGGUAUGUUAUGGAGAGAAAAUUUUUGCAUUGUCGUAUAUUAUCUUUUAAAAUAAAUAAACAGAUAUUUGAAGUU